AUGCAUCUCGCGCCCCUGAAGGCGGCGCUCCUCCUGGGACUGGCCCUCACGGAGCCAGUCGCCGCCGCAAAGCCCAAGAAUGCCAUCCUACUCUCCGAGGUCCGAUCCCUCACCCUCCGCGCCGACAAAAAGACCACCCACCGCCGCGUCUCGGCCAUCCCGCAGCUCAAGUGCGUCUCCCCCAGGUCCGUCUGCGACCUGCACAAGGUCGACGUCAUGCGCUGCACCAACCAGGGCUCCUCGUACGACGCCGAGGACGUCCAGUGGUCUUGCACCGCCUCCCUGCCCCCGGAGCUCAAGCUCGGCAGCACCGAGGUCAUCUGCGAAGGGUACGCGGGGCCCGACGACCCUUACGUCCUGCGCGGCAGCUGCGGCGUCGAGUACCGCCUCGUGCUGACCGACGAGGGCGAGCGCAAGUACCCCAACCUCGGCGGCGGCAGCGGCGGCCGCGGAUUCUGGGGCGGUAGUGCCGGCAGUGGCGGCGGCGAUGGCACGGACUGGAGCGCCUGGCUGUUCCUCAUCAUAUUCCUAGGCGUGCUGGGCUGGAUCGUGUACUCUGCCUUUACAGCAGCGGGGGACAAUGCGCAGCCGGGCCGGAGGCGGCCGAGACGCAACUUCUGGGGCGGAGGCGGCGGAUGGGGCCCGGGCUGGGGACCCGGCGGAGGAGGCGGCGGCGGCGGCGGAGGUUUUGGCGGAGGAUACGACGACCCCCCGCCGCCGUAUCCUGGGAGCAAGUCGUAUGGCACGCAGGGAGGCUGGCAGCCCGGCUUCUGGAGCGGUCUGGCGGGCGGUGCGGCCGCUGGGUACUUUGCCGGACGGAGGAACGAGGACCGCUCAGGAUAUAGAGCGGGAGCUACCGAUCGAGGUCUUGGUGGCAGCUCAUGGGGUGCAGGACCGUCCGGUUCCCGCUCCGGAUCAAGCUCCUCCUCCACCUCAACGGCGCGGUACGAGAGCACAGGCUUUGGCUCGACGAGCCGGCGAUAG